AUGGGUUGUGGCAUGAGUACCGAGGAUAAGGAGGGGAAGGCGCGGAAUGAGGAAAUUGAGAACCAGCUCAAGCGCGACAAGAUGUUGCAACGAAAUGAGAUUAAGAUGCUGCUUCUUGGUGCUGGUGAAUCUGGAAAAUCGACCAUCUUGAAGCAGAUGAAGUUGAUCCACGAGGGUGGCUACUCCCGUGAUGAACGCGAGUCAUUCAAGGAAAUCAUUUACAGCAACACCGUCCAGUCUAUGCGAGUCAUUCUCGAAGCUAUGGAGUCCCUGGAGUUGCCCUUGGAGGAUGCGCGCAACGAGUACCACGUCCAGACUAUCUUCAUGCAGCCUGCCCAGAUCGAAGGCGACAGCAUUCCCCCCGAGGUCGGAACAGCCAUUGCUGCCUUGUGGCGCGACACUGGUGUUCAGGACUGCUUCAAGCGCUCCCGCGAGUACCAGCUGAACGAUUCUGCCAAGUACUACUUCGACGCCAUUGACCGCAUUGCGCAACCCGACUACCUCCCCACCGAUCAGGAUGUGCUCCGCUCUCGUGUCAAGACUACUGGUAUCACCGAGACUACGUUCAUCAUCGGCGAUUUGACCUACCGUAUGUUCGAUGUGGGUGGUCAGCGAUCCGAGCGUAAGAAGUGGAUUCACUGCUUUGAGAACGUCACAACCAUUCUUUUCCUGGUCGCCAUCUCCGAAUACGAUCAGUUGCUCUUCGAGGAUGAGACCGUCAACCGUAUGCAAGAAGCUCUCACCUUGUUCGAUUCCAUCUGCAACUCUCGUUGGUUCGUCAAGACCUCAAUCAUUCUUUUCCUCAACAAGAUCGACCGAUUCAAGGAGAAGCUGCCCGUGAGCCCCAUGAAGAACUACUUCCCUGACUACGAGGGGGGCGCCGACUACGCCGCUGCCUGCGACUACAUCCUCAACCGUUUCGUGUCCCUCAACCAGGCCGAGCAGAAGCAGAUCUACACCCACUUCACCUGUGCCACUGACACCACCCAAAUUCGAUUCGUCAUGGCAGCUGUCAACGAUAUCAUCAUCCAGGAGAACCUCCGUCUCUGUGGUCUGAUCUAA